GUGACGAGCGAAAAUGGCAGGUUGUUUGUCAGGUGAGCGCGCGUCUCACCUUGUCCUCGGUAAGAAAUCACACCUUUUGAUUCCAUCCUUCUGGUGGCAGUAACUCGGGCUUUCACCGGUGCUAGGUCGAACAUGAGGGCUACCCACCGUAACAACACAUGUAUCCUGUCCUUUUUCCUAUUUUGCUUGUGUUCUACGUUUACCCGAGCGGACGGGGAAAUGGCCAACAUUCCUACCGAUCCCUCUGCUUCGUUACAAUCACAACUCGGUGGGAGAUGUCGCCGAAAUCACCAUAGCACUAGUCAGAAAAACCAGCAGGAGCCGCUUCACACGCUGCUAACAGAAGCACAGAAGGCCGACCAGAACUUGCAAUAUAUGUUAAGUUUGUUUAAGAGCGCGGCCGACCCGGAUGGGAGGCCUAAACAGCAUCGGAAGUUCGGGUCGAACACAGCGCGUCUGUUGCGACCCAACACCACCCAGGUGUGGUCUCUGACAUCGUCUUCAGUCCUGCGCUACACCUACACAGUGGAGUACGACCUCCAGUCCCUCUCCCUGGAACAGCUAGUGAGAGCCUCCUUUGUCCACCUCCGUCCCUCUAAUACAUCCAGGACGCCCCACCCCUCUCCUCUCCGUUGCAGGGCCAGUGUCUCCUCUCUGGGGAAUGAUAGCUGGACAAGCCCCCAUGGAGGUCUGGGGCGCCUAGUCACCCUGGAGCCGCAUCAGCAGUGGACAGAAACUGACAUCACAGAGCACCUCACCACACAGGUGGUAAAGCUGACCCAGGAAAGGCCAAAGCAGGGCAGUCGCCUGACCCUCAUGGCCCAGUAUUGGUGCUUGGAUCCUGGGCAUUGGAGGAGCGAGGCCUUGGGAAGCCUGUGGAGAAUCCGAGGGGGACACUGGAGGGGAAGGAGGGCGGCCUCCGCAAAUCACCUCAACACCCCCGCUCUCCUCCUCUUCCUCAAUGAAGAGGAAGAAACCAGAGAGUGGAGGGCAGCGACCCGAACUGGGUGGUCCAGUUUGGGGGGUCUGACUCCAGAGCCUCACCACCUCUUCGCCCCCCGACUCCGUCGCUCCAACGGCCCUAAUCCCCCAGGUAGCAUCGCCUCCGACAUCCCCAACUACCGAAAACACAAGAAACCCUCGCCCAAGAACCAGUGCAAACUCCACUCCUACCGGGUCACCUUUGCUGCGUUAGGCCUGGUCAAAUAUCUCGCCCCACACCAGUACAACCCUGGCUACUGUAAAGGAGACUGUCCCAGAAUCCUCCACUACGGCCUCAACCCCUCCAGCCAUGCCAUAAUGCAGAACCUGAUUAAAGGGAAGGGGAUGGACGAGGUGCCGUCGCUGUCCUGCGUGCCGUAUAAGUACAAGCCCAUCAGCGUACUGAUGCUGCUGGAUGACAACAAGACAGUGGAUUAUAAGGAGAUCCCUGACAUGAUAGCUGAGUCCUGCACCUGUCGGUAGUUAAAGAAAUGGGGGGGGACGUUAGGAGCAUGGACCCCCCCCCCCCCUCCCUUACACACUUGCUGUUAGUUAAAGACAUUUGGGUGGGGAGGGAGUCAGGGGGAGGCCGGUCCCCCUCUUCAUUACUUGGUAGAGACUGGGGCUUAGCUUACCCUCCCUUUAACUAAGCUGUCGCUCCCAACCGUGAGUUUGCUGAUCCGUCUCCCUCCCUCCCACCACUGGCUUCAGAUGCCCCAUGUCACACUGAACCUUUUGGAGGAGAGGAGGGAAAAGACGAUGGUAGAGGGUGGGGUAGCUUGGAGGGGGUUCCACAAAAACAAAAUGUCUUGUUGCCUUCUUUAACAUGCUCUGUGUACAGGUUUAUAUUAGAAUCAGUGGACCAGUAAAUGAAUCACGUGAGACUGAAGGCUCUUCACUUCACUGUGAACCUUCUGGAGGGCAGAGAGAACAACUUAAGAGCCCAGAUCACACCACCAUAAAGCUCUGUGGGUAGUGAAGUCUGACAAUGGUCAUGUGGUGGUGAAAUAAUGGGCUGUAGGAAUAUGUUGAUGGGUGCACAGGAAGGGUCAAUCCUGGCGUUCUGCUUGAACCAAUUUGGUGUUUGUUUGUUGUUUUUGUUUUUUUCUGGUCUUUUUCUUUUAAAAAUCUUGUUAUCAAUGCUUGACAUCUGGACACAGGAAGUGAGUGAUUGAACACACAACGUGAUUGGCCAGAGACUAAGCUUCGUAAGAUAUGUACAUAUUUGGAUCCACACACUUUGUGUUGUUGACAUGUUGGGCCCCUCUAACAGUUUGGGUGUCUGACCUAAAAUUAAAUACAAAAUAAUAAAAAAAAAAGCAUUUUAAAAUAAAUACAAAAUGGUCGCCGGCCUUUUUCAGUGCGCCUUUAUAUUGAGUUAUUAAGGACUCGAUGGAGUCUUGCUAGACUUGGAAUGUGUCCCAAAUGACACCCUAUUCCCUCUGUAGUGCACUACUUUUGACCAGGACCAGUAGGGUAGUAGUGCACUACAUAAGGAAUAGGGUGCCAUUUGGGACGUAACCUUGGAGUUUACUGCUUCUUUACAAAACCACAGAUUUUUCUAAUAUUUCUGGGCCGAGGGUGUGGCCUUCCCAAACAGAUAAAGGCGGGAGGGAGGAUAAGAACUAGGGCAGUAUCACUGUCAAUGGCGUAUCUCAGGGGAAAAUAAACUAAAUGGGGAAAGUGCAAUGUGUCUAAGUAUUUUUCAGGAGUGUGUCUUAUGAAUGUUUAGCUAAAAGUCUCGCACUGAAAUUAUUGUGACGUUUUAUUAUAAUGAAUGAAAAAUAAAUAAUAAAAUGAAUAUUUUGUAAAAA